CGCGGGCUCUCUGUGGCGGCCUCUGCUGGAGCUGGUCGGACCCGGCCCGUUGCACCGGGGCCGCCGUUGUGCUGAAGGCCCGAAUCUACCGCAGUGACGGUUCUCCGACCAAUUUCUCACAGUACAGUAGUUACUAAUGAAUUAUGAACAGUUAGAGGUUGAAUCUUAGCAAAAGAGCAGUUAUAAUUAUUGGUGCAAGCUUGUCCCCAACGAAAAUAGUUUCCCACCUUCCCCCCCUCUGAUUUCGCCCUUAUAGAAAAGAAAUCCCCGUGCUGAAAUACACUGGCUGGCGAGGAGGGGCUGGAGUUUACACAUCAAUGCCCAUUGCUCCGACACUUUAACCACCAUGGCCAAACGGAAAGGCCGGGCUUACAGAAGAAGAAAGCGCAGAAGGCGCCGACAGGCCGAGGAAACACGCGUGGCAGAUGUUGGAGUCAACAUCAGUCACGAGAUGGUGUAUGUGCAGCUGAGAAAAUGGCUGAAAAGUGAGGGCUUCACGGGCUUCCACUUGGUGCCAGCAAGCUUUCCAGGCAGUGGCAGGGGACUGAUGUCCACCAGAGCUCUCCAGCCCGGAGAACUUGUUAUUGCUUUACCCGAGAAGUGUCUGCUCACCACCAGAACGGUCCUAAGGAGCUACUUGGGUGAAUACAUUGAGAGGUGGAAACCGCGUUUGUCUCCUCUCCAAGCCUUGUGUAUGUUCCUCAUCGCCGAGAGACAUUUUGGGAGCUGGUCUCCCUGGAAAUCUUAUGUUGAUGUCUUACCAAAGUCGUACACCUGUCCAGUUUAUUUUACAGAGGGCUCAAUAAGACUGCUUCCCAGCCCUUUGAUUAAAAAGUUCCGGGAACAAAAGACUGUGGUCCAGGAACUCUACCUUACUUCCAAAUGCUUCUUCGAUUCUUUGCAGCCCUUGUUUUCUGAAAGUGUGGAGAACAUUUUUACAUAUGAUGCUCUUUGUUGGGCCUGGUGCACUGUUAAUACCAGGACAAUUUAUAUGAAACAUGAACAGAGCGAGUUCUUUUCCAGAGAGCCGGAUGUCUAUGCUUUGGCACCAUAUUUAGACCUGCUGAACCACACACCCACUGCUCAGGUAUCGGCUGCCUUUAACCAGCAAAGUAAAUGUUACGAGAUUAGAACAUUAACAAAGUGCCGGAGGUAUGAGCAGGUUUUUAUCUGCUAUGGUCCACAUGACAACCAGCGGCUUCUCUUGGAGUACGGAUUUGUGGCUGGCAGUAACCCACACAGCGUGGUGUACGUUGACAAAGAUUUUCUUCGUUGUCACCUUUCCCCAAAAGACAAACUGCUGAAUGGAAAGCUGUUAUUCCUGCAGGACCAAGGUCUCCUGGAAAACUUGACAUUUGGACGAGAUGGACCUUCUUGGCGGCUUCUGACGGCGCUUAAAGUUGCUUGCCUCACAGCAGAAGAAUAUUCACUGAGAAAAAACAUUUCGCUUGGAUUGUAUGUGUCUGAUGAGAACGAGAGGAGCAGUCUAGAGCUUGCAGAGAGACUCUGUCUCCAUCUUAUGAAUGAAAACCAGAAGGUGAUACAACAAUUUUCUAAGCUUUCAGAUGAUGGAGCCGAGAUCUCAGAGCAGCUCGAGUUGGUGGCAGCCCUGCGGAGAGAGGAGUUUGGGAUACUUCAGGCAUCGAUGCAAGUGCUACAAGAUAUGAAAAUCGCUACUCCCAGGUGACAUUCGGAAUGCAGAGUGCUGGCUGUGCUCCCUAUUGUUGGAUCAGACAGCAGGAUUGAACAGUGUUUGGACUUGGGGGGGAAAAACGUGUGCAAAACAGUUUAUUGUGAAUUGGUUUAUAAUUGCUUUCAGAGGAUUGUGUAGUAAAUGCUAAUAUCGAUGGGGUUCAGAGACUGGAAAAGGUGACUUCCCAAACUCGGUCCAUCACAGCUCAAAGAGCGAAUGCCCUGCUGUUCUCGGGAAGUUGCCAUUAGAAGAGCGGAACCUCAGCAUAAGGAAUGAUGGAAAAUCUAAGAGAGUGGUUGAUGCACAGUGCUCUGGUACAGUUGCUAUCAGAUACACAAGCCGCUGAUGUGGUUUGAUUAGACUGGAACAAAUGCAAGUGAAUGACUGCUUUGCACUUGCAGUUAAAUCCAUUACGGACUAGUAAAAACAGAAUAACAUGAAUCUGAUUUAUUAUCACUGACAUAUGUCAUGCAAUUUGUUGUUCUGUGACAGCACAAUGGUGCAGGGCAAAAAUACUAAGUUACAAUAAAAAAUAAAUAGUGCAAGAGAAGAAUAGUGAGAUCGCGUUGAUGAAUUCAUGAAAUCUGAUGGCAGAGAGGAUGAAGCUUUCCUUAAAAUGUUGAGUGUGCAUCUUCAGGCUCCUGUAUCUCCUCCCUGAUGGUAGUAAUGAGAAGGGGACAUGCCCUGGAUGGUGAGAGUCGUUAAACAAGGAUGCUGCUUCCUUGAGGCGUUCCUUUUGUAGAUGUCCUCGAUGGUAGGGAGGCUUGUGACUGUGAUGGAGCUGGCUGGCUUCCAUCUACUUAAUUGAUUAUGGCUUCUAAAGAAAUACAGCACAUUGUAAAAAUAAUUAUUUUGUUGAAAGAUGAGCUUCAACUGCUGGUUCUUAACAUCUUUCUUUUAAAAAAACACAUUGUACACAAAGGAGUGAACUGUUUACUGGUAAUGCCACUAUGAUUUAAACAAUUCAUGCUUCCUUCAUUUGCAUGCUCCAUGAACAGGUUUAUGCAUGCCUGAAAUAAUGAGCUGUUUCAUACUGCUGUCUUAUUUGAGGAUGACAGCAAGUGUGGGAAAGUUAUGCAUUCAGAUUAGUUGUAUCAAAAUCAAGCUGCAGUUUAAAAGCAUAUUUUGUAUUCUAUAACAUCCAUUUCUAGCUAUGACACGUCCAUAUCAGAAGGUGCAGGGAUUACUCAUGUCAGUGAUGACACAAGUAGGGCAGAAGUCUCUGUGUACUGCCUGCAGAGGUGGUGAAGGCAGGCUCAGUAACCUUAACCAAAGCAGGUUUCACUUACCACACAACAAGCCAGUUAAAAAAGUAAUGCUAAUAGCAUAGAAGUAGCCCUUUGACCUACUGGGUCUGUGCCAGCUUUGAACCAGACCAUUUGAGACCCAAGGUAAGGUGCCAGUUACAUCCAAAAUACUGUCAGUGAUGAAGGUAAUGGUUAAUGGUAUUUUUGUGACCAAGACCGAUGCAGAGGGCUUCCAUAGGGUUAAAUGCUUGGUUUCUUUCUUUUCCUAAUACACCUUAGUGAUUCAGACCCAUAACAGAGGCAAUGACAAGUUUGCAGAUAAAAAAUAUUGGCUUGUGAUUAACACAAAGGAAUCAUUACAAUAGAACUAGGCUAGUCAACCCAUCUGGUCUGCUCUGCCAUUCUAUCAUGGCUGAUUUAUAAUCCCUCCCAAUCCCAUUCUCCCACCCUCCUGUCAAAAGCCUCGAUGGCCUUGACUAAUCAAGAACCUAUCAGCCUCCACUUUACACUCAAUAAACCAGCUUCUACAGCUGUCUGUGACACUGAACUUCACAGAAUCAGUACCCUCUGGCUAAAGAAAUUCCUCCUUAUCUCUGUUCUUAAUGGACAUCCCUCUAUUCUGAAGCUGUGCUCUCUGAUCCUAGACUUCCCCACUAUAGGAAACAUUCUCUCCAUAUCCACUCUGUCUCGGCCUUUCAAUAAUUGAUAGGUUUCAAUAAGAUGCCUCCCCCCAAAUCUUCUAAAUUCCAGUGCGUAUAGGCAAGAACUAUUAAUCCUUUAAUUCCCAGGCAUCGUUCUUGUGAACCUCCCCGGACCAUCUCCAAUGCUGGAUAUCUUUUCUUAGAUAAGGGGUCCGAAAUUGCACACAAUAUUCUAAGGCAUCACCAGCACCAGCCUACCUGCCAUCAAGGACGUACAUACAGAAAGAUGCCAGAGAAAGGCCAGUGAUGUUAUGAAGGAUCACACCCACCCUGUUCUUAGUCAUGCAUGUCCCACUUCCAUCAGGGAGGAAGCUAUGUAGCAUCCACACCAGAAUCCCCAGACUCAAAAAGAAUUACUUUUGCCAAGUGGCAAGGCUGAUCAACACCUAUCAACUCACACCCCCACCACCACUACUUUAUCAUCUUUUGUCGGAGUCACAUUAUGUACCAAUGCUCCUGUGCCUAGCGUCACUUUAUGGACAUACAAUCAAGGUAUGUACAUAAACAUAAAUGCAUAACGUAGCUUGUGUUUUUUUUUAUCAUUAUUGUGUUUUUUUUGCGCUACAUCAAAUACAGAGUAACAAUUAUGUUGUUCUUCUUUACACUUGUGUACUGGAAAUGACAUUAUCAGUCUUGAAGUGCAGUCUGACCAAUGCCUUACAAAGCCUCAGAACUGCAUCCUUACUUUUAUAUUCUAGCUGUCUUGAAAUGAAAGCUAACAUUGCAUUUGCCUACUGACUACUGACUCAACCUGCAAAUUAACAUUUCGGGAAUCCUGCAUAAGGAUUCCCAAGUCCCUUUGCACCUCUGAUUUUUGAACUUUCUCCCCAUUUAGAAAGUAGUCUAUGCCAGUAUUUCUUCAACCAAAGUACACUUCCUGACACUAUAUUCCAUUUGCCAUUUCCUUGCCCAUUCUCCUAACCUAUCUAAGUUCUUCUGCAGAUCUGUAUCCCAAAUACUUCCUGCCGCUCCAUUUGCAAACUUGGCCACAAAGCCAUAGGUUCCAUCAUCAAAAUCAUUGACAUAUAACAUGAAAAGAAGUGGUCCUAACACUGACCCCUGCAGAACACCACUAGUCACCUGCAUCCAACCAGAAAAGGCCCCCUUUUUACCCCAUUCUUUGGUUCUUGCCAAUCAGCCAAUUUUCUCUUCAUGCUGGUAUCUUUUCUGUAAUGCCAGGGGCUCUUACCUCGUGUGCAACACUUUGUCAAAGGCCUUCUGCAAAUCCAAGUACACUACAUCCACUGACGCUCCUUUGUCUACCCUGUCUGUUGUUUCCUCAAAGAAUUCCAACAGAUUUAUCAGGCAAGAUUUCUCCUUAAGGAAACCAUGCUAAUUUUGUCCUAUUUUAUCAAGUACCUCGACACCACAUCUUUAGAAAGUAUUGAUGGUCUGAUUAGUUGGGCAGAAAAAAUAUAAAUUGUAACUUAAUCCAAGGAAGUAAUUGGCCAUACAUUUGUGAGCUGACAAAUCCGGGGAAUAAACAGGAGACUAUUGGAUGGAGGAACAGAUGGACCUUACAGUACAGGUCAAUAAAGUGCUUAAAAGGGUACACAGGAUUCUCUACUUUAAUAUAAGAGCUGGGAGGCUAUGCUAGAAUUUCAUACAAGACUGGUUAGCGAGAACAGAGUACUGACCAUUGUGUUAUAGAGAAGAUGUAAUUGUAUAUAACUUUCAAAGAUACUUGAGGCUCACUGUUGGUUGAGGUCAACCAUGGAUGUAAUUGAUACACAAGCCAGGACAAUACAAUAUGGAGAACAAAGUCCGUGCAGCUGAUGAUUCCAAAAGAAUGACAGAGACUGAUAGAGUUUGGCACCAGUGCUGUUGCAGGAGUUGCCUGAGGGACUGCUUCAAAGAUAUUGCCAGGGCUGGAAAACUAUAGUUAUGAGAAAAGACUGGAUAAGACAAGGUUGCUCUCUUUGGAAUAGUGGUUUAAUUAACAUGCAUAAAUUUAUUCCAAAUCUGAUUUUUGACCAUUCUACCUAAAGUAAGUGUUCUAGGGAUCAGAAUGGAGGUGAUGAAAAGUAUGUAUUCACUCAACAUAUGGUAGGGUCUGGAAUUCACUGACUGAAAGGAUGGUGGAGUCAAAAGACCUAACCACAGCUGUACAGUGCCUGGACAGGUACUUGAGGAGUUGUGGACUGCAGGGCUGCAGAACUCAUGCUAGAACAUGAGACAGUCAGCUGGCUCUUGCACAUUGGGUUGCAAUGCCUUCCUCUGUACUGGAAAAUUACCUAUCAUUCUGUGCUAGUUAGAAAGGCUAUCCUUUGGGAGAAUUGAUAUACAGUGGGUUCAUCACUCCUUGAAAGUGACAACACAAGCAGAUUAGCAAAAUAGCAGCCUCUCUGGGUCUAACAAAUGGUGCAAAUAUUGGUCUUACCUAUUUUUCUUAUGAUAUUAAGACCCUGUUAGACAUUAUUAACCAACCUAUCAAUAUCCAGGCUAUGCCACUCAGGGACUUGUGCUGAUAUUACUCUGUGUCUGUAUAUGCUGGAUUGUAACUAUAUGUGUUGUGUGUGACUGUAUGUACUGUGUUAUGCACCUUGUUCCCAAAGGAACGAUGUUUCGUUUAGCUAUAUACCUGUGUUUGGUCAAUGACAAUGAACUUACAUUGGAAAUUGAUAGGGUGGCAAAGAAAGCAGAUAUAAUGUUUGACUUCAGCAUUUGGAAUGUUAAGUACAUCAGCUAUCAAGUCUCACUGCAGCUGUAUAACUCUUUGAGUAGGCCACAUGUAGAGUAUUGUGGGGAGUUUUUGUUGCUGUAUCAAAGGAAGAGGAGGUUUUAAAAAAGGUGAAGAGGAGGCUCACCAGGGUUGCUGUCUGGAUAAAGAGCACUAGCUAUAAGAAGAAGUUGAACAAACUGGGAUUGCUUUCUCUGGAGGCCAUUGGUUGGGGGAGGGUGAGGGGAUGUCUUUUCUCCGGGGUGGAAAUGUCAUAUAGUGGAGGGAGUAGCUUUAAACUGAGAGGGGAAGGUCAAAAAGGAGAAGAGUUUUUUUUUAAAACAUGAAGUGGUAGGUGUCUAAAAUAUAUUCCCAGGAGAGGUGAUGGAAGCAGAUAUGAUAGCAAUGUUUAGGAGGCAUUUUAAACAGGCACAUGAACAGGCAUCCAAGGGAAGGAUAUAGAACAUAAUCAAAUAAAUGUGAAUAGCUUAGAAUGGAGAUGAGGAGGAAUUAUUUUAGCCAGAGAGUGGUGAUUCUGUGGAAUUAAUGCCUCAGAUGGCUGUGGAGGCCAAGUCUUUACAUAUAUUUAAGGCAGAGGGUGACAGAUUCUUGAUUGGUUGGGGCAUGAAGGGAUAUGGAUAUGGGGAGAUUGAGUCUGAGAGGAAAAAUGGUUCAACCAUGAUAAAUGAUGGAGCAGACUCAAUGGGUCAAAUGGCCUAAUUCUGCUUCUAUAUCUUAUGGUCUUGUAGUUUAAGUUGGCAUCAUGAUCAGCAGGUGUUGUGGCUGUUCUGUAUUCUGUGACAGCAAUGGAGGAAAGAUGUGAGCAAUCCAAAGGGAACCAGGUAAAACCGAGGAUAGCUAUUGAGCAGCCUUCUUAAAUUAGUUGGGCCAUAGCCAAGAGUUGAUGUUAGAUUUAUGUAUUUACUCAAAGUUCUUUCAUGUUUCGUCCUUGAUUCAGCCACUGUUCUGGAAAACAAUGUUAACAAUAAACUGAAAGGGCCCCACGCUUUUUUUUUGUACAGAAUCCAAUGCAUCAGAUUUUAUUGACACAGACAAACUCUUGCAAGCAGGUUUACUGUGCUGGGCUGAUAGAAUUGCUUUAGCCCACAAGAGAAUGAUUUCAGGUCUCCAGGUCUAUGUGAACGUGCUCAAAGCUUAUGCAAAAAAUUAGAAACAAUCCAAAUUAGAAAAAAAAAAUCAGUUAGGAUUGGUGGAUACAUUGCAAGUGGAACAGAAGUAUUUCUGUAUUCAACCAAAUCCAGAUAAUGAAAACAGUUAUUUUCUUUGUGAGCAACACACAUAAAAGUUGCUGGUGAACGCAGCAGGCCAGGCAACAUCUCUAGGAAGAGGUAAAGUCGACGUUUUGGGCCGAGACCCUUCGUCAGGACUAACUGAAAGAAGAGCUAGUAAGAGAUUAUUUAAACCUAUCAGUUUUAGUUUCUAUGUUAACUUUUGUUCAAGAGUUAUUAAUGACAAAGUGCUGCAGUCUCACAUACAAGAUUCACUAGUAAAUUCAGCUGUUUCAGAUUUAUGAAGCUGAUGUUGUUCAAUUGACAGUGUUAUUGAAAUCCUUUUAUCUAAAAGUACUAUCUAUUUAUUUUCUGGGAAAGUUUACAAGAUCCAUCAGUAGAGCAAACCACUAUUAAGCUAUUUAUCCACAUCCUUAUCUUGAUUGGGUCCUCAAUUAUUUGUACCUAAUAAAAAGAGUGGAAGCAUUUUAACAAUCACAACUCUGUGGAUCUAUUAUCAAUCAUUCUGUUGUUGAAAAGGUGCUGCAGCAAACUGAUAAGAGAUUACAGAUAGCAUCAAACGUGUAAAAUAAAAUGAAAAAAAACAAUUCAGCUAUUGGAGCCCAGAAUCCUAAUGAAAUAAUUUGUAUUAGUCCCGAGGUCAAUUAUGUGAAGAAAGCAAAUCUUAUCAUAGUAAUUGG